AUGAAGGAUAUGGAGGAUCAAAAGUUUGACUUGGCAAAGAAAAUCAAUGAGCAGGAAUCGAUGCUCUCUUCACUCGAGUCUGAAAUCGACGAGCUACGACGCGAAAGUGAUGUGCUUGAAAGCUGGGAUAUCGAAGAGGAAGUGGGCAUGGAUCGUAAUGCACUCUCCCUGCAGUUGUUUCGCGGCAUGGGUUUCGUUCCUUACCAGGAAAGCACAGAACCAGACGCAGCCAUCACGUCACUUAUUGUGCGGUCCCUACGACGAAAUGUGGCCACGUCGUUCGAUAUUAAUCAAGACGAACUAAUGAAAUCGACUAAGCUUCGUUAUGAACUAGCAAAGAAACUAUGGACAGCAGCCGACUAG